AUGAAGACGGCAAACUACAACGUCACUGCUGUUCAAUGUCAAAAUAAAAUGUCAGGACUAAAAAGAACUUAUAAAAAUAUAAGUGACAGCAACAAAAAGUCAGGUAAUCAUUCGAGUUCUUGGACCUUUUACUCUGCUAUUUAUUCAAUAUUUGGAGAAAAGGCAUGGGUAGGACCUUUAUCAAUAGCUAGCAGCGAUAGUCCAUGCUCUCCAAGCACUUCAUCCACCUUGUCAGAGAUAUCAGCAGAUGAACAAAAACCAAAGAAAAGGCGAGUGGAAUCUAUUUUAGAAUCAUUCAUUACAGAAAUGAAAAAAGAUAAGCAGAAGGAGAGGGAUGAGAGAGAACAGCGAAGAGCUAAGAAAAGGAAGAAGUUACAGAAGAGGUUUAAUCAUGGUCUAUAA